CAUCACCAGCAGCGACCGCAGGAGCCCCCGGGCCAGGCUGGGAUGCGCCCGGAGGUCGCCUUGGUCACAUUUCGGGAGCCCGAAGAAAGCGCCGCCGCCGCGGGCACGAUCGCGGCCAGCCUGGCGAGGUGGGCUUAGGGUGCUUUGUUCAGCGUGCAGGGAGCCGAGGGCCGGGGUCGUCCCGGAGAGAGAAGCGGGCUAAAGGGGGCCGUUGUGCCGGGCGGUUGGGGAAGCAAGUUUGGCUCCCCUUUUUCAGCUCUGGGAGAGCAGGAGCAACAGGGUCCUUGAUUGGACACGAAGAGAUCAUUUCCUGUGAAGAAGAGGAAGAAGAGGCAGCAGCCAGGCCUGGGGGCCCCAGGGUGGAGGCGGCCAGGCCAGGUUUACUGUGGGACCCUGAGCCCCGCUUCAGAAGGGAAGGCGCAGGCCAGCGGAACAAUGACUCAUUUACAGGCUGGCCUCUCCCCGGAGACCCUGGAGAAGGCCCGCCUGGAGCUGAAUGAGAACCCUGACACCCUGCACCAGGACAUCCAGGAGGUGAGGGACAUGGUCAUCACCAGGCCGGACAUUGGCUUCCUGCGCACUGACGACGCUUUCAUCUUGCGCUUUUUGCGGGCCAGGAAGUUUCACCACUUUGAGGCCUUCCGCCUCCUGGCCCAGUACUUUGAGUAUCGGCAGCAGAACCUGGACAUGUUCAAAAGCUUCAAGGCCACCGACCCUGGCAUCAAGCAGGCCCUGAAGGACGGCUUCCCUGGGGGCCUGGCCAAUCUGGACCACUAUGGCAGGAAGAUUCUGGUCCUCUUUGCUGCCAAUUGGGAUCAAAGCAGGUACACGCUGGUGGAUAUCUUGCGUGCCAUCUUGCUUUCUUUAGAAGCCAUGAUUGAAGAUCCCGAGCUGCAAGUCAAUGGGUUUGUUUUGAUCAUAGACUGGAGUAACUUCACGUUCAAGCAAGCCUCUAAACUCACACCCAGCAUGCUGCGGUUAGCUAUCGAAGGCCUGCAGGAUAGCUUCCCAGCACGAUUCGGAGGAAUUCAUUUUGUCAACCAGCCAUGGUACAUCCAUGCCCUGUACACUGUGAUCCGGCCCUUCCUGAAGGAGAAGACUCGAAAAAGGAUAUUCUUACACGGUAACAACCUGAACAGUUUGCACCAACUGAUUCACCCCGAGAUCCUGCCCUCGGAGUUUGGAGGAAUGCUGCCCCCCUAUGACAUGGGGACGUGGGCAAGGACACUGCUGGACCACGAGUAUGACGACGACAGUGAAUACAACGUGGGCUCCUAUGGCACUCCCGUGAAGGAGGUGGAGAAGGAGCUGUCCCCCAAGUCCAUGAAGAGGUCCCAGUCCGUGGUGGAUCCCACGGUUCUGAAGCGCAUGGAUAAGAAUGAGGAGGAGAACAUGCAGCCUUUGCUAUCUCUGGACUGAGAAUUUCUUUGUACCCACGGCAUGAGUGGAGGUGGAAGGUACUAGAUUGCAGCUGCAGGCACAGCGCUGCCGAGGACCUGGGCUGAGUGGGAACUGUAUUUAUUCCUAUUAAUGUAGCAGAAUAUAUAACAAGGCACCAGGCAUUCUCGUUUGCCUGAACCAUGGGUGCCCUGGGCUGUAUUUUUUUUAAAGUCAAUAAUUUAUUCUGUAAGUGCCAAGUUCUUUGUAAAUACAAUGUAAUUUCAUGUCAAGUUUGUAAAUUUUGGUAGUAAUUGAAUUUGGGGAAGAUUGACAUAAAAGUCUGAGCCAGAGAUAUGAACUAGAAGAAAAAGUAGAAAAUAUGCAGAAGCUAUCAACACGGAUUAAAUGUGGCCCUGUUUCCUAUGAAGCCGUAUUUCUGCUGUCAUGGAGAACUGUCAUUACUGCUUCCCUCUACAGCUUUGUAGACACAGGGAACAAAGUCGUUCUAGAAAACGAGGACUUCAUCGCCAUGGCCGGAUGUAGAGAUUUUCACUUCAGAGGAAAGGUAACCCUGGACUCUUGCAGGCUUUGCACUGGGGACCCCGAGGGUGGCAGAUGGGCAGGUGGAGGAAACGCGUGAACUCACGGCUGCUCUUCAGUUCCCAGAGUCCUGGGAGCAGAUUUGUUCCACACGUCAGCUUCGGAAUCCUUCGAGACCACUGUGGUCACAGCCCUGACGUAGUGUGUCUGACGUUCUUUAAGAAUUCUUCCCUCUAAAACUCUUCAAGCAAGGAAAAGAGAACUCAUAUGCAAACCAUGUUUUGACAGCCAAUCCUGAACAUGAAAUUUGCCACUUACAAAUAAGGGGCUAAUUUCUCAUUAUUGUGCACCUGCUGAAAAUACACACACACACACACACACACACACACACACACAGAGCACAUAUAUUUUUACUCAGUGCUAAUAAAUCCCUGGUGUAACAGGCUUAUAAAAUAAAUCAUACAUAUUAAAGGUUUUAGAGAUGUUAUAGAUAAUUACACGGGAUGCUAACUGGAAAACCACUGCAGUUAAUGAAAAUGAGAGACAAUGAAACAGACUUUAGUGUACCUAUUGAAGGGAAUUCCAGUAUACUUUAUAAUGCUGUCUUGAAUGCGUGCCACUUUAGUGAAAUAUAUUUUUCCUUAAAAGAAGCAACAGAUCUCAAUAUAAGUAUCAGGUGAAAAUAAAAUUUUUUCUCAGACUCUAGUGUUGCUAUACUUCACAUUUUCUUUUUCAGAAAAGACUGAAAGAAUACACUCCUUCUGGAAGCACUUCAGAAGCAUGUGAGGGUCUCUAAAAUAGAAGAGCUGUUAAAAGAUGUGAAAUCUGUACAUUGUUUAAAGUUUUAUUCCAAAAUUUUGCAAGUACAAGUUUUAAAUCCUAUUUUAACUUUUAAACCCCAGUGUGUAAAAGUAAGAUCACUUUUUCAGCAUAUGAAUUUUUAUUUUUACUUUUUUAUUUAAUUAUUUUUUGAGACAAGUCUUGCUAUGUAGUACAGGCUGGCCUUGAACUUGCUUAUGUAGCCCAGGCUGGCCGGGAGCUCACGGUGUUCCUCCUGUCUCAUCCUCCCGAGUGCUAGGAUUACAUGUGUGUGCCACCAUGCCUGGCUCAACAUAGGGGUUUUGAGUUUAACAAUUUAGAACGAAUUCUUUGGGGAAAAAAAUCUCCAAGAAUUAUUGGUAAUCAAAACAAAAGUAAAAGCGUGCAAGAGCUUUUGCACACUUUCAGAUGAGAAGUUCAGAAAUUCUGGUUAUAAAUCGAUAGCCAAAAAUCUUCAAAUCAGUAUUCCAAUCAGUGUAUCAGUGUUUCAGUGAAAUAGGCUUGUUAAAGUACAUUAAUCACCAGGAAUCAAAGAGACUUUAAGACUUUAAGAACUUCCAGUCAUAAAUUUGAGAGACUGCUCUCACCGUCCUUACAGAGCUUGGAAACACUGGGGGUUGGAAGUUGUAGCAGGCCUUACAAGGACCUGAGCACUGGUGGGCCUGAUGAGUGUGGCUCACUGGCGUGUGAACUGUAGACCUGGGCUUUGAUUCCACAUGGCUGUAUGUAAGCAGUAUGACUCUUUGGAAUAAAACAGAAGUAAUUUAACUACAGCAGGGCAAUAGCUGCUCUUUCCCAUGAGUUUCUCUUGAUGUACUACAUCUAUGGCCGGUUUUCAGGAUCCUGCCAGCUUCCAAUGUCAGCCAGCUCAGAGUUUCUCCCCUCUGUCACACAGUUAGAGUCAUCUGUGAAAAUAGCUAGUCUUGUUUACACUGUCUCUCUUAACCCACAUUUGCAAUUUUCCAUUGGCACUGCUGCGUGUCUGCUCUUCUCCAAAUGAGCAGUGGAAUGUUGGCUAGAUUUUUUUAAAUAUUUAAAAGUGAAUGAAAAACUUACAGCACUAACUUUUGAAAUUGCUCUCUCCAGUUCAGUCUGUGACUCUGCUUGUCUCCCAGCAAUGUUUUUGAAGCUGCUUCAUCAAGGGACCUUCAUUCAGCUUUAUGAUUUGCCCUCAGCACAGCGAGCCAGCACCGGGCAGGCAUAUUUUCCCCUCUGUGGCUGAACAACCUUGUGAAUGAGCAGCCCAUCUACAUUUUUCCCUUUAACUACAGUGACACAGCUGUGCUCACAGACACACACACCCAGGACGUGUCUGAUGACUUUGCUUCUGUAUUUUGAGAGCUAUGCAUUAAUUUGGAAUAGUCCAUUAAUCCAUUGGCUCUUUUUUGUUUUCCUCAGUCCCAGAGCUCAACCCCAGGGCCCUGUGCAUGCCAGGCAGGCGCUCUACCCCGAGCUCCUCAGUGCAUCUGUUCCCAUCUCUCUCCCUGCCUGCACCAGCUUCUAGUUUUCAUUUCUUUCUUUUGGUUGUUUCAGGGCAGCUGCUUCCAAAGCAGGUCUAAAAAUGAAUUACCCCCCACCAUCAUGUUGUCAGUGAUAUUUGCACAGGUUUUUGAAUACUAUAUGAAAAGAUUAUCAUAAAAUAUAUGCUAAGAAAUAUGAAGAAGUGCCUCUUUGAAAAUAGAAUAAAGCAGUGAUACUGGCAUAUAGAUUUUAUUUGUGCUGUCUCCUAAAAAGUCAGUACGUGCACCUAUACUAGAAGGGUUACACAGAUACCAUUUGAAGAAGGUCAUUUAAGGGUUUGCUCUGAAUAUUCUCAUACAGUAUUAAGUCUUGUGUGUAUUUGAUACAGUAACUUUGAUCCAUGCUAUUUACAAACCUGGCAUUAUGCUAAUAUAAUGUACAAGUGUCAAAUAGAGUUUCCCAGCAACUUUCUGAAGUGGACAUGCAUGAUUUCUUUUAUUUGACUAAUUGCUUUAUAAGUGUAAGCAUUCUGUAAGUCUUUUCAUAUAAAAUGCUUGUUUAUGGUAUUAAAAUUCAUACAUUCAUAAACAGAAGAGUCAAGCAAAUGGACUCAUCUUCGUACUGCUAACUUGGUCACAUUGUUAAACAUUUACAAUGUCUGUAAUACUCCUGAGCAAACAGAAUUCUCUCUGUUGUAUCACAAAGAUGGGGCAUUGUUUUGGGGAACAUGUUUAUGACUCGAGGAAACCUUUGGGGCCCCAGCAGUCGGUCUUCCAACCCGGCCUCUGCUGCUUCUACAAAGAACCUAAAGGUUUCUGAAAUGUCCGUGAUCAUUUGAAGAAGCUACAUCAAGAAAAUCUGCGGAGAGGCUGCACAUUCUUGUGUUGUUUUAUUUAAGAUCUGCUUUGUCUGGUUGGUUAAUAAUGUGUCUUUCUUUUUUGUAUAUAUGUUUAUGAAUGAUUCAUAGAAAAGUUGCCAUUAGCCGUGGCAAUAUUCCAGAAAGAUUUCACCACAAAAUAAACUGAGAAGAGUU